AUGCCGAGUCACUACCGCAGUCGAGACCGCAUUCGCGGCCGCGAGCCGGGCUCAGAGUACACGCGCCGACGACACCGGGAAGACGACUACGACGACGACUUUGAUUACGAUCCUCGCGAGCGCCGAUACCGACGGGACGAUCAUCGCCGCUCGCGAGGCGACUCACGACAUUACGAACCCCGCAGCUAUUACGACCAUGAUGCCGACGAUGCGAAUGAAUAUGACAUGGCCCCGGAAGAUCCCGCAGUGCCUCUGAGACGAUCGCGUGGAGAGAGCAGCCGCAGGGAGAGAUCUCGAACGAACGCUUCGCCGCUUGCAUCACCGAGGAGGACUCAUGACCGAGACAGAGAUAGAGGGCACCGGGAUCGCGCUGGGGAAAGCGAUGCAGAGCGAAGACGUCGCAGGGAAAGAAGGCGCGCGGCGGCAUCGAAGCAUGAGAGUACCGAGUCGACUAGUAGUGCGUCUCAUCUGUUAAGUGCUGAUGCACUGGCCAAGCUAAGCUCACAGUACGAUGAUGAAGACCGAGUGGAACGAUCCCACACAACGGGCGACUCUCGAGCGGAGAGGAAACGGCCACGCAAGCGACCCGUGAUGGAAGGGGAAUCACAGAUGCUGGAGCCAUUCCCGGAAGAUACACCUAGAGGGCAAUCGAAAGGUCGAAUCGUGUCCGGCGCAUAUCUGGAAGAGGGGCGAAAUCCCGACAUGGCGGUUCGACACCGGGGCGGCGGCGGUGGCCCACCAGCGCAAGGUACAUGGCAGAAGGAGGGCAGUUGGGGCGGCAGUAUGGAUGGCUCCGGUGAUGGGCAGACGCCGAAGAAGCGGAAAAAAUGGAUCUGGAUCGCUAUUGCGGUUCUACUAAUCAUACUUGCGAUUGUCAUUCCGGUUGCGGUGGUAAUGUCAAAAAAGAAUAAAGAUUCGUCCGACUCGGCUGAUGCGGAUGACGACGAUGAUGGCGACGCGCCUGCUAACUCAGAACUGAAUGGCAAAAGCCAUGAUAGCAUUCCUGACUACGCGCGGGAUACGGUGCUGGAUCCUUGGACUUGGUAUGACACAGCCGACUUCAAUGUGACGUUUACGAAUGAAACUGUGGGCGGCCUUCCUAUUAUGGGACUGAAUUCAUCGUGGGAUGACUCGGCCAGGGCCAACGAGCACGUUCCUCCUCUGAACAAGCCAUUCCCUUAUGGCUCGCAACCGAUUCGGGGCGUCAACGUCGGUGGCUGGCUGUCGAUCGAGCCGUUCAUCGUUCCAUCAUUUUUUGAUAAAUACUCAUCGAGAGACGGCAUCAUCGACGAAUACACUCUGUCCAAAAAACUCGGAGACUCGGCCCCCAAGAAGAUCGAGCGACACUAUUCUAAAUUUAUCACGGAACAGGACUUUAUAGAUAUCAAAGAUGCGGGACUCGACCAUGUUCGAAUCCCGUUUCCGUACUGGGCGGUCGAAACCUAUGAAGGCGACCCCUACGUGCCGAAGAUUGCGUGGAGAUAUCUGUUGCGGGCUAUUGAAUACUGUCGAAAGUAUGGGCUGCGUGUGAAGCUGGAUCCACAUGGGAUUCCUGGGAGUCAGAACGGAUGGAACCAUAGCGGCCGCGAGGGUACGAUCAACUGGUUAAACGGAACAGAUGGCAGCCUGAAUCGAAAACGGUCUCUCGAGUUCCACGACAAGAUAUCCAAAUUCUUUACCCAGGACCGAUACAAAAACAUCAUUACCAUAUAUGGCCUGGUGAACGAGCCCCUCAUGCUUGCACUGCCGGUGGAGGACGUUCUCAACUGGACGACCGACGCCACCAAAUUGGUACAAGAUAAUGGGAUGAAGGCCUUUGUUGUUGUUCAUGAUGGCUUCCUGAACCUGAGCAAAUGGAAGAAGAUGCUGAAAACGCGUCCCGAUAACAUGUUCUUGGACACCCAUCAAUAUACGAUCUUCAAUACUGGCCAGACCGUUCUCAAACAUACAGACCGAGUCAAACUCAUCUGCAAUGACUGGUACCACAUGAUCCAGGAAAUCAAUACCACAGACGCAGGCUGGGGGCCUACCAUCUGUGGCGAGUGGUCCCAAGCCGACACCGACUGCACCAAAUAUCUCAACAACGUCGGUCGAGGCACUCGCUGGGAGGGCACCUUCUCUACCACCGACUCGACCGCGUAUUGUCCCACAGCCGACGAUGGCCCUUCAUGCGAUUGCACCAACGCUAAUGCCGAUGUCGCGGACUAUUCGGACGACUACAAGAAAUUCCUGCAGACCUACGCGGAAGCGCAAAUGUCUGCCUUCGGAACGGCGCAGGGCUGGUUCUACUGGACCUGGCAUACGGAGUCCGCCGCGCAGUGGAGUUACAAGACCGCGUGGAAGAACGGAUUCAUGCCGAAAAAGGCGUACGCGCCGGAUUUCAAGUGUGGCGAUGAUAUCCCCAGCUUCGGUGAUUUGCCCGAGAAUUAUUGA